AUGGCGUCUGAAAACAAGGGCACAGAUGAGAUGGUUGGCGGGCGACACGUGUGCCCGCAUCCAGAUUGUGACAAGACAUUCUCGAGAUACGAACAUCUGCAGCGACACAAGUUGAACCACUGGCCCAAAGAGAUCUUCCGGUGCGAUUAUGUGUAUCCAGAGGAUGGAAUAGUGUGCAACCGAAGCUUUGUGCGUAAAGAUUUGUUGGUACGGCACCAGAGACGACAUUCGAACAAUGGUGUGCGUAUGCAGAUGAAGGUUCGGAGGGAAUUGGGUAAAGUGAAGGGAGCCAGUGGGUCCCAGAGGAGGCUGAGCGAAACACCAGACCAGAUACAAGUGGGGCAGGCUCACGAGCCUGCCCGUCUUGUACCCGAGACUAGUAGCAAUACUAAUAGUAAUAGUUAUAGUAACGCCAAUGGGAACCUGGCGACGAGGAAACUGGACCAUAUCGUGCUAGAUGUUGGAGAUGGAAAGAGUAAGAGCGGAGGCACUGGGGAGUCGAAUUCGGCAACUGCUUCUGCUGCUGGUCCUAUAGGCGGGGUCAGCACUACCACAACAACUACAACAACUACAAGUAGCAGCAAUGCUAGUCUGAACUCUGGCUUUGCACUUGGCGGCAGCGGCGGUGGUGGCGCUGGCAGUGGCAGUGGCAGUGGUAUGGCUCCUAAUACGAACUUGAACAACUUUUUCAAUUGGCUUUUCGCUGCGGCCCCUACCCAAGAAGCUGCUACGCCAGCUGUCGCAGCAGGAGGCCCUCCUCCUCCGCCUCAUGCUGUAGGAACAGCUCCUAACAGUAAUGUAGCGCAACAACCUCAUAUCUCGGUAAACAACAACAACAAUAUAGCAUCAACUGGUAUGGUGCCAGGGCUCCCACAAACGGCGAUGCUGGAGCCAGAAAUCUCGUCGCAGAACAACCAGCAUGUACAAAGCAGCAGCUUCGAAACCGAUACUAGCGGAGGAGGUACCACCAGCGGCAGCAGUACCGGUAGCGGCAGUGCUACCGUCGCGAAUAUUAUGGACGAUCUUUUUUCAGUAGACUUCCUUCCCAACGAUCCUUUGCAAUCUUUGGUCCAACAAAUGUCCUACAAUAACAUGAACAAUAAUUCACAACCGGUUUCUGUGGGCAGUUUGAAUACUCCUCCAAACAAAGGGUCCACUUGCUCGCCAGAAUCAGUCCCCAAUAGGUCACCGAAAUUCAGAGAUUUUGGCAAAGAACACAUUAAGGACAAUCUGCAGGCGCAGAAGAGUAAAGUGGAAGAAUUGAGAUCUCAGCUAAAACGGUCCGAAAGUAUUCCUGGUGCUUCUUCCAGCACACCGGGGGCCGGGGCCGGACCCUCAACUAAAAGGCAAAAGACCAUGCUUCUCAGCAAGCCAUCGUUCUUCAAUUCGGAUCCCAAUUCAAAGUUUAGACUAUCGCUGGAAAGACAAGCUGUGUUUGCAGAACAGAUUGCUGAUAUCAAGUACAUUUUACUCAGUGACUUGCAAACAGCACUAAAAUCUUACUGGCUCAACUUCCAUCCGCAGUAUCCAAUUCUGCACAAGCCAUCCUUCGACAUUGAGAAGGCGCCCUCCAUUCUUGUUCUCAGCAUGAUCAUGACAGGUGCGUCUUACUUGGGGUCCGCCAAUCGUCGUUCUAUCAGCGAUGUUAUCGCGGGGCCAUUGCGUUGGUUAAUCUUCUCACAUGAGGACUUCCAACCGACUUCGGAAACGUACAUUAUUCAAGCAUUACUUUUGCUUGAGUGUUAUGAAAAAACAAGUACUAAUAGAUACUUACACGAACGGAGUUACUUGCAUCAUGGUACCACGAUUCAGUUGCUCCGUCGUACCCCAUCUCUUGGUGGGCAUCCGCUACGUAUCAAGAAGGAACAAUCUCCGUCCAACUACGAAUCCAUGGAGGAGAUUUACAAGAACUGGAUAGACUUUGAAACUUUGAAAAGGACAGCAUUGUAUGCAUUCUACAUCGAUACCACCCAUGCAGUUGUGUUCGGAUAUACCUAUUUAUUCAUACACUGUAAUCAGGUCCAACUUUCGUUGCCCUGUUCUGAUGAGAUAUGGGACAGCUAUGAUUUGUCUUUGGAAAAAUUGCUGCAGCACGGGUUUGGCGGCAAAGACGUAAGCUUCCUCGACACUUUGAAACAACUCUUGAACCACGUUAUGCACCGGUUGCAAAGGUCCGGGAACACGGAACCAUGGACCAAGCUGAAAACCAGCAAAUUUGGCGAAAAGCUGCUAUUGUCGGGGCUUAUAUCCAUCAUGUUCCAACUUCAGCAACACUCAGAAGUGAUAUCUUUGGGCGGAGACAAUCCGUUGAGCGUACAAAAUAUCCACUGGCAAGAAAUUAUAUCGUUUGCCAUCGACUACUGGCACAGCGAGGUUAUGCAUGGGUGCCAAAACUCGUCGAAUUCGGUGUUGUCGAACGUGGACGCCGUGAACACCGUGGACGACGAGGGCAUCAAGCUGUUGAGACUAGACGACGUCCAUUCGUGCAAGAUACCUGCAUACCACAUGUCACAGAUCAUACUUCGGAUAUUCCAGUACGAUUAUUACAUAUAUGCUGGGGCGCCAUGGAGAAUGAACGUUCGCGCCGGAACCGAGGAGUACGCCUUGGUGAGCGAACGGAUCCUCAAGUUCAGUCAGGACCCUAUGCAAGGAGGCAUGGCCAUUGUCUAUGCGUACAUGUUCCUUUUCGAGAUGUUUCAAAACGGAGAAAACCUCUCGUGCGAUGUGAACCUCGACUACUGUAUUACUAGACCAAACACCUUAGCAUUGACCUCGCUUCUAAUCUGGUCGUACAACUACUCUUUGUACGGACCAGAAACGCACAUCUGGGACAAUUCCUCCGACACGGACGAAAAUUUGAACAAGAAGCUGAAGGAAGAAUACGUCCCCAUAGAAUCGUUCCAGCAGCAUCUCAAGAGAAUGUAUUCGUACCUGCACGUCGACAAAAACCUCGACGUCUACACUCACCAUCAGCAGUUGAAGGAAAAGGCAAGACUGCUAAAGGACAUACCAAACAAAAACCAUCUUGCAGGCAUGAUGCUUUUCAUGAGAGACCUGUUCCAUGGCUGCUACUGGGAGCUAGGCAGAGAGUUCAGCCAUCUAUUCGACAACUGUCUCGAAAGAUCCAUGGGCAGAGCAAAAGUCGUAUGUGAGCACAUGUACGAGACGUGA